UACUGGGAUUUGACCAUGCUGCUGCUGAUGGUUGGAAACCUCAUCAUCAUCCCUGUGGGCAUCACCUUUUUCAAGGAUGAGCACACCCCCCCGUGGAUUGUGUUCAACGUUGUCUCCGACACCUUCUUCCUCAUGGACCUGGUUCUUAAUUUCAGGACGGGUAUCGUCAAAGAAGAUAACACAGAAAUCAUCUUAGAUCCGCAGCAGAUCAAGAUCAAGUACUUGCGGAGCUGGUUUGUGGUCGACUUCAUAUCCUCCAUCCCCGUAGACUACAUCUUCCUCAUUGUGGAGACGCGCAUUGACUCGGAUUUCUACAAGACGGCACGCGCCUUACGCAUUGUCCGCUUUACCAAGAUACUAAGCUUGCUGCGCCUCCUGCGCCUCUCUAGACUCAUUCGCUACAUCCACCAGUGGGAGGAGAUCUUCCACAUGACCUAUGACCUAGCCAGCGCCAUGGUACGAAUAGUCAAUCUAAUCGGCAUGAUGCUGCUGCUCUGUCACUGGGAUGGCUGCCUGCAGUUUCUGGUGCCCAUGCUCCAGGACUUCCCUGCUGACUGCUGGGUGUCCAAAAAUAAGAUGGUGAAUGACACAUGGGGACAGCAGUACUCCUACGCACUUUUCAAAGCUAUGAGCCACAUGUUGUGUAUUGGGUAUGGCAUGUACCCCCCAGUGGGCAUGACAGACGUGUGGCUGACCAUCCUCAGCAUGAUUGUGGGUGCUACUUGCUACGCCAUGUUUGUGGGCCACGCCACUGCGCUAAUCCAAUCUCUGGACUCAUCUCGACGGCAGUACCAGGAGAAGUACAAACAGGUGGAACAGUACAUGUCCUUCCACAAGCUGCCUGCAGAUAUGAGGCAGAGAAUCCACGACUACUAUGAGCACCGCUACCAGGGCAAGAUGUUUGAUGAGGAGAGCAUCCUGGGAGAGCUGAAUGAGCCGCUCCGAGAGGAAAUUAUCAACUUUAACUGUCGAAAGCUGGUGGCAUCUAUGCCGCUAUUUGCCAAUGCUGACCCAAACUUUGUCACCUCUAUGCUCACCAAAUUGAGGUUUGAGGUGUUCCAACCUGGGGAUUACAUCAUAAGAGAAGGCACCAUCGGAAAGAAAAUGUACUUCAUACAACAUGGGGUUGUCAGUGUUAUAACGAAAGGCAACAAAGAAACCAAGCUUUCGGAUGGCUCCUACUUUGGGGAGAUUUGUUUGCUAACACGGGGGAGAAGGACAGCCAGCGUCCGAGCUGACACGUACUGCCGCUUGUACUCACUGUCUGUUGACAACUUCAAUGAGGUACUGGAGGAAUAUCCUAUGAUGAGAAGGGCCUUUGAGACUGUUGCUCUGGACCGGCUGGACCGUAUUGGCAAGAAAAACUCCAUCCUGCAGCACAAGGUGCAACACGACCUCAGCUCUGGUGAGCUCAACUACCAGGAGAAUGAGAUCAUCCAGCAGAUUGUGCAGCAUGACAGGGACAUGGCCCACUGUGCCCACCUCAUGCAGAACGCUCCACCACAGACACCGCCCUCACCUACCCCUGUCAUCUGGGCCCCACUCAUCCAAGCACCUCUCCAGGCAGCAGCUGCCACCACCUCUGUAGCCAUAGCCCUGACACACCACCCCCACCUCCCACCAACGCUCUUCAGACCUCCAGUUUCUGUCCUCGGUUCCCUGAAGGACCCUCCUAGUCGACAUAAAAAGUUUCACACAUUUGUUCCUUCAUCCACAUCACCUGGCUCUGCUGGGGACUCUCCUUCUAGCACACCUUCUAAGCUGCAAACUGGGAUAGACAUGCCAUUGCUGGCGUCUUUCCGGGCCCAGCAAAUUACAUCAGGUUCAGGGGCAACUAGUUCAAGCCAGCAUGCUUCAGGUAGCGGAAUACAAUGCGGACCUUGCGGGUCUGGGCCUGGGCCUGGGUCCAGUGGAGGAGGAACCUCCAUGUUCCCGUUUGGUCAGUUUUCAUCUGCUGGUUCACCUUCAUCUAGUACGGCCCAGCUGCACCCUCUACCACAAAAUCAAAAAUCCUUCCGCUCUGGUACACCACCUCUCUCAAACCUCUUUCACCAAGGAUCUAUAGGUGGAAGCACAGGGUCAGGACUAAGUGGAAGUUUAGCUGGAGCUUGUGGUGGUGCUACGGGGUGGUCUUUAGGUGGAGCAGUUGGAGGUUUUGUGGAAGGGGCCACUGGUGGGGACACUUCCUGGGCGGGAGAGGACUAUACAACUGGGUCGUUAGAAGUGACUUCUGGUGGGCACUCUGGGUUGGGAGGAGCUAAUGGUGGAUCAGUAGGAGGGAUCUCAGGAGAAACCAAUGUAGGAGUAUCUGAGGGAGCAGUGGAAACUGUUUGUAGCAGGUUAUCAGGUGGAUUGGUGGUACCCAAUACAUGUGGGCCCAUAACUGAUACGGCAAAGAGAUCAAUUGGGGGGACUUCCAGAGGAUCACUGGUAAUAGCUUCCGGGGGGUCAGUCAGUGGAACUUCUGGAGAAUCACUGGCAGUGACUACCACUGGAGGAUCACUGGGACGGGCUUCUGAUGGAUCAGUGGGACUGGUUUAUGGUGGAGCCUCAGGGGGAACAUUUGGAGGAUUUUCUUGUGAUUCAACACAAGGGAAUUCUGGGGGAUCAAUGGGGAGGACUUCUGGUGGAUCAACAACUAGCCAUUUAGGAGGAGGUUCAAGUGGGACAGUAGGAGGAGUGACUGGCGGACAUAUAGGCAGAGCAGUAAGUGGCACAAUUGGAAGCCAUAUAGCAGGAUCUACAGCUUGUUCUCUUGGAGGAAUUACUUCUGGGCUUAUUAGUUCCUCUCGCUGUCAGAGCCCUAUAUCUAAUAAUUCUCUAUCUGGUCAGCUUCCCCAAAACCAACCACCUGCCAAGCCUCCUCAGGUGGCUCCUCUGCAGCAGUUUGCUGGAGGAGGCAGGACUACCAGUGGAUUAAACCUUUUCCAGUCCCCUCCACAAGGUUCCCCAUCCUCUGGUAGAGGACAGCACAGUCAGCAGCCUGCUGAGGGCUCCCCAUCUUCCCUCAGCCAUUCUAGCCUGGCAGGCCUCCAGUCUGGCUGCUUACCUCACCAGAUGUCACUGGAAAGGUCUGCAUUGGCUUCUCUGGCCCAGUAUGGUUCAGCAAACGCCUCGCCCUGCCUUACUCCGGUCGCACCCAGUCCCACUGUUCAAAGCCCCGUGGCAGGCAGGACUUUCCACUACAGUGACCCUUCUAGUGUCACAGGAUCCCACAGUUCUUUGCUCAUGCCUCAAACUUGUUUUCCUUCACAGCUUCCAAGCCAGCCACAAAGUACAGGAAGAGAUUCCCCUCUGGGACGUUUUUCUGAGGACCUAAAGCUUUUAUCUAGCUCCCAUUCAUCCCUGCCCCAGGAGGUGGCCCAGGUCUUAAGCCACCAAACUCCUUGCUCUUCAAUAGAAACUGGGUAUUACCCUUCUCCAUUUUCCUCUCCUACUCUUGUACCCAAACCCUGUAGCUCAGUGCCAGGGCACAUGACUCCUCCAAUCCAGAUGUCUCCGGGGCACCCUCACCAGACUUAUUCCUCCGGGGCCUCGCCAGCCUUGUCUUUACGGAGGGACUCUGCUGCCUUUUCAUCUGAUCUAGAACCUCAGUCUGUCCGCUCUAAACUCCCUUCAAAUUUGUGAGGAUUGAUCACACCCUCCUGUGCUCCUUUGAACUAAAACACAAAUGAUCUCCAUUUGUGGCAUUCUUUUCUGUCUUCAGACUAUUUUUCACUUUAAUUUUACCAAGAUUUUACAUUUACUGUGAUUUAAAAGACACUUCAUAGGGCAACUCAGAGCUCUAUAGUACACUUUGUUUGAUUU